UUGUAUUUUCGCUACAAUUGAUUUUAGCAAAACACAACAUAUAAAAAAAAGAAAAAGCACUAAUAUAACACUAUGAACAACAAGAAGAGACCAACAGUGCCACCCUCACAAAUUGUAGCAUUGUAUGAUUAUAAUCCACUAAAUGAUGAAGUUCAAGAUGCAAAUUUUCCUUCUUUCGCAUCGCCAGAAGUCAAUGUUCAACUUUCGUUUAAACGAGGCGAGACAUUAGAAGUAAUUAGUAAAACGCUUGAUUGGUGGCUGGUUUGUAAAUCAUCUGCACAUGGGAAAGAAGGAUAUGUACCAAGUGUUUAUUUUGCACCUUUGUGUAAUGUAUCAGUAUCAUGUGUAAAUGGAAAUGGAGAUUCGGAGCAUACUAAAUUGGUUCCAUGUGUUUUUGAUAAAUUCUUUGACUUAAAAUACUUUCCAAAUGCACCUGAAGCAAAAGCAAAGUUACCAUGUCCUGAAGAUUCUGCAAACAUUUUUUCAAGAAUUACAUUUUGGUGGAUGAAUAAUUUGAUAGUUACUGGUUUUAAGCGACCACUUGUGGAUACAGACGUCUGGGAAUUGCAGAAACAAAAGCAGACACAUACAGUACAUGAAAAGUUUAAUGUUGAAUGGAAGAAAGAGAUUGAAAAAUGGAAAAAUAGCCCAAUGAUUACUGAGAAGGUCAAAGAAAAAAAGAAAAAAGACAGCGAGGAAAAAGAAAGCCUAAUGGAAAAUGCUAACCAAACAUCCUCUGUAAGCGGUGAUGACAAACUAGAACCAAAAUUCAUAAAGAGACACCAAUAUAAACCAUCCAUCACUAAAAGUUUAGUCCGAGCUUUUGGAAAAAUUUAUGCUCUUGCAGCAUUUUUCAAAUUGAUACAUGAUAGUUUGCUGUUUGUGAGUCCGUUUUUAUUAGGGAAACUCAUCAAUUUUGUCAAACAGCCUGGUGAUGACAACACUUGGGGAUACAUAUACGCCUUGAUUUUGUUUGUGACAGUGACAUUCCAAUCUUUGGCUUUGCAUCAAUAUUUUCAAAAUGCAUUUACAACUGGAAUGUUGGUUAGAUCAGCUUUAUUGUCUGCUGUGUACAAAAAGAUGCUGAAAUUAAGCAAUGCUGGUCGUCAAGAAUUUACAGCAGGUAGCAUGGUGAACUUGAUGUCGGUGGAUGCACAGAAGGCAAAUGAAUUGAUGAUCUAUUUAAACUUGAUUUGGUCAGGACCAUUUCAAAUUUUAGUGGCUCUUGGAUUUCUCUACAAUCUAAUGGGUGUGUCUGUUAUUGCUGGCUUUGCAGUUUUGUUGUUAUUAAUGCCAUUGAAUAUUUGGGUUUCUUCAAUUGAAAAGAAAAUGCAUACAAAACAAAUGUUGCACAAGGAUGCUCGUAGCAAGCUUAUGAAUGAAGUUUUAGCUGGAAUCAAGGUCCUUAAACUUUAUGCUUGGGAGGAAAGCUUUAUAUCCAAAGUGAUGGGUUAUAGAAAUGAUGAACUAAAGCAGUUAAAGAAAGCUAUGUACUUAAAAGCAAAUUAUUCUUUUACACUUUCUUGUACUCCCUUUUUUGUUUCUUGUGCCACUUUUGCUGUGUAUGUUUUAAUUGGAAACGAUUUGACAGCUGAAAAGGCGUUUGUCUCCAUAGCUUUAUUCAACAUUAUCAGAUUUCCUUUGUUUAUUUUGCCUAUGGUGAUUUCAAAUAUAGCACAGUAUAUUGUGGCAGUAAAGCGGAUAUCAAAGUUUUUAAAAGGAGAAGAACUAGACACAACAGAUAUAACUAGAAUUGAACCGAGUAAUGAAUGUGAAAAUGCUAUCACUAUUAGAGAGGGUUCAUUUACCUGGACUGAGCCAGAGAAACCUGUUUUAACCGAAUUGAGUUUAAAUGUUCCCCGUGGUAGUUUAACAGCAAUUGUAGGACAGGUGGGAACAGGAAAAACUUCAUUGUUAUCUGCUAUAUUGGGUGAGAUUCGCAAAAUAAAUGGAGAAGUUUGCGUGCAAGGUAAUAUUGCGUAUGUUGCUCAACAAGCAUGGAUACAAAACCAAACAUUACGUGAAAAUGUUUUAUUUGGAAAAAGAUUUAACACGCAGAAAUAUCAAAACAUCAUAGAAGCUUGCUCCUUAAAAUCAGAUUUAGAUGUGCUACCUAUAGGUGAUAUGACUGAAAUUGGUGAGAAAGGUAUCAACUUAAGUGGUGGUCAAAAGCAGAGAGUAUCCCUAGCUCGAGCUGUGUAUAACAAUUCAGAUAUAUACUUACUUGACGAUCCACUGUCUGCCGUGGACGCACAUGUUGGAAAACAUAUUUUUGAAAACGUCAUUGGUCCUAAUGGUUUGCUGAAGAAUAAGACACGCCUACUGGUGACUCAUAAUUUGAGUUUUUUACCCCAAGUUGAUCAAAUCGUUGUGUUGAAGAAGCAUCACAUAUCUGAGGUUGGUACGUAUGAUGAGCUUGUAAGAAAUGAUGGUGAUUUUGCUGAGUUUCUACGAACCUAUCAUAGUGAAGGUGACAACGAGGAAGUACAAGAUAAUAUUGUCGUGGAUAGUCCGGUGAAACAAGCCAGCAAAGACAUCUUGGAUGUUCCGGAUGUUAAGAUAAAAGAUUCGUCAAGCAGCGAGAAGUUGUUAAAAAGCAAAGCUAUUACUGCCAGUACCUAUUCACUAUUUGAUGGUAUUGAUGGCAUAGCCACCGAGGAAACGGCUGUACAAGAACUUUUGCUGAGGCGUGAAGAAUUAGAUCGGCAAGACCAACAACUUUUUGGUUCCAUUAUUCAAGAGGAAACUUCAGAGACAGGGCGUGUAAAAAGUUCAGUAUUUGUAUCCUAUGCGAAAUCUAUUGGUGUUGUCAUCUCUAUAUUCGUUGUGUUGUUCGGCAUAGUAUCAGAAGCUCUUUUAAUUGGCUCCCGCAUAUGGCUGGCUGAGUGGAGCACUCAGACAAAUAUCACCAAUUCGGAGCGGGAUUUUUAUUUAGGUGUAUACGGUGGGUUAGGUCUAGGUCAAGGUUUGGCAGUUUUCGUUCAGGCAUAUGCUCUAGCAUUUGGCUCAAUUCUAGCAUCUAAGAAUUUACAUAACUCUUUGCUUUGGAAUGUCAUGCGAUGCCCGAUGUCAUUCUUUGAGACCACGCCCAUGGGUAGGAUUGUUAAUCGGUUCUCAAAGGAUAUCAACAUUAUUGACGAGAUCAUCCCACGAAGCACAAAAUCUUUCAUAACUACGUUUAUGACGAUGCUUGGAACAAUUUUUGUCAUCUCCUACUCAACUCCUAUAUUUGUGGCGGUGUUGGUGCCAAUCGCGUUGCUUUAUGUUCUCACUCAGCGUUUUUAUGUGGCUUCAUCUCGUCAGUUAAAACGCAUCGAAUCUGUAAAGCGCUCUCCCAUAUACAAUCACUUCUUUGAAAGCAUCAACGGUGCGAGCACGAUAAGAGCAUAUGGAAAGGAUGAAGAGUUUGUAGUUGAUAAUGAAAGUAAAAUUGAUGACAAUCAAGCUACAUAUUACCCCAGCGUUACAUCGAACAGAUGGCUUGCUAUGCGACUAGAGUUUUGUGGGAAUAUGAUCACUUUUUUUGCUGCUAUGUUUUGUAUAGUUCAACGAAACAAAAUUUCUGCAGGAAUGGUUGGAUUGUCAAUCUCUUACGCGUUACAGGUCACUCAAACGUUAAAUUGGCUAGUCCGUAUGACCAGUGAAAUUGAAACCAACAUUAUAUCAGUGGAAAGAGUGAAGGAAUACAUAGAAUGUCCCACUGAGGCUGCCGCUGUAGUUCCUGAAAACCGACCAAAGGAUGAAUGGCCUCAGACUGGUACAGUGACCUUUCAAGAUUAUUCUGUUCGAUAUAGACCUGAAUUGGAUUUAGUUCUAAAAAGAUUAAGUUUCAAUAUUGGUCCAACUGAGAAAAUAGGUGUAGUUGGUCGGACUGGUGCUGGCAAAUCUUCCACAGCGCUCGCUUUGUUUCGAAUCAUUGAAUCUGCUAGCGGUAGUAUAUCCAUUGAUGGGAUAGAUAUCUCAAGUAUUGGUCUGAAGGAUUUGCGAUCAAAAUUAACUAUUAUACCUCAGGAUCCUGUUUUGUUUUCGGGUUCUCUUCGUUUUAAUUUGGAUCCAUUCGAGCAGUUUACUGACGCUGAUUUGUGGAAUGUUUUAAAUGUUGCACAUUUGAGUACGUUUGUGAGUGAAUGUUCUGAUGGUUUGUCACAUGAAGUGGCUGAAGGAGGUGAAAAUUUGAGUGUUGGUCAACGUCAGCUUGUUUGUCUUGCGCGAGCUUUGCUUCGCAAAACUAAAAUCCUCGUCCUCGACGAAGCCACAGCUGCAGUUGACAUGGAAACCGAUGCUUUAAUUCAAGAGACGAUCAGGAAAGAAUUUAGUGACUGCACCAUUUUGACUAUAGCGCAUCGAUUGAACACCAUUUUGGAUUACGACAGAAUUUUGGUUUUGAGCGAAGGAAACAUUGCCGAAUUCGAUUCACCUACGAAUUUGCUAUCUACCAAGGGUAUAUUUUACGGAAUGGCAAAGGAUUCUGGUUUAGUUGGUCAAAGUGCAUCUAGUGGACCGGAAUAAAUGACCUGAAAUGACGUACGUUACUAAAACUGGAAUAUACUGAAACACGUGUUCAUAUCAUUUAUUUUAUUCAACAAUUUCUGAUGUUUCAGUUUGAUUCAAUAAAUAUGGCUGGGAAAAUGUUUAUUGUUAAAGAAGAUUUUUAACAUCAAAUUCAGCCAAUUCUUGA